ACCAAAACUUUGGACGACCUUCACUACCACCAGAGUUUGUCCACUCGAUUGAAAUCUCUGCUGACUUUCCACACAUGCUCUUCUACGGGGCCUUCUGGAGCUGGAACGAAGACACGCAUCAGCUGUUGUACUUUAAGGCAGUUAUUUGGGAGUUGCGAAGCUGGAAAUUAUGACAGAGUUGUCAUUCAGGAUUUGUUAAAGGAAAUUGCGCAGACACAGCAGGUAGACUUGAACGCGAAGCAUAGAUUCAAAGUCGUUGUGAUUAACGAGGCAGACUCUCUUUCCCGUGAUGCCCAAGCAGCGUUGCGUCGAACGAUGGAGAAAUACAUGUCAAACAUGCGAAUAAUACUCUGUGCCAACAGCACCAGCAAACUAAUAGCACCCAUCAAAAGUCGUUGUCUACUUAUGCGAGUCGCUGCACCGAACCCAAAAGAG